AUGACGAUCGACGUCGAGCGACACGCCGUCGGGGACGAUGACGUGAGCUUCGACUUGGCGUAUUGCGGUAUAUGCCACACCGACCUGCACUUCGCGAUGAACGACUUGGGGAACACGCGGUAUCCGAUCGUUCCGGGACACGAGCUCAUCGGAACGGUGACGGAGGUUGGUAAAAAUGCGGCGUCGAGAGGUUUCGCGAUCGGGGACGUCGUCGGCGUGGGAUGCAUCGUGGAUUCGUGCUUGGCUUGUAAAUACUGCGCCUCGAACGAAGAACAAUAUUGCGAAGCGGGCAUGACGAUGACGUACGGCGGCGAAACGAAGCAUGGGCGAGCCGGCCCGAACGGUCAAAUCACCGUCGGUGGGUACAGUACCAAGCACGUCGUCGACUCAAGAUUCGCGAUUAAGAUUCCCAAGGGCGUGGAUGACCUCGCUGCGUGCGCGCCCCUUAUGUGCGCCGGUAUCACGCUGUUUGAUCCCAUCAAGGCGUUCGGCGUGCGAGAGGGCAUGCGAGUCGGCGUCGCGGGUAUCGGUGGAUUGGGUCAAAUGGGGAUUAAAAUCGCCGCCGCGCUCGGCGCCGAGGUCACCGCGAUUUCUCGCACGAACGCCAAGGAGGCCAAGGCCAAAGCCGCCGGCGCGAAGCACUUCAUCGCGUCGUCGGACGCCGAGGCGAUGAAGAACGCCGCGGGCUCGCUUGACUUGAUUCUUGACACCGUCUCCGCUAGCCACGACAGCGAACCGUACGCGGCCAUGCUCGAUAAGAAGGGCACACUGUGCUUGCUUGGGUUACAAACGGCGCCCGUCGCGGUGAACGCGACGCAGUUUGUCUUCAACCGCAUCGCCGUCACCGGAUCGUUGAUCGGUGGCAUCAAAAAUACACAAGAGAUGAUCGAUUUUUGCGUCGAGAAGAAGCUGUAUCCGGAAAUCAAAAUUAUCGACGCGAAGGAAAUUCCCGAAGCGCUCAAGAACUUGAACGACGGUAACGACGCGGGCGUUCGAUACGUCAUCGACUGCAAGACAAUCAAGUAG